UGAUCAGCUUCCCGUUUGUUUGUGUUCAUGCAGCAAGCUAACAGCUUCCCACUAUGAAACCUCCUCAUCUGUAUCCGAACUAAACCUGUAAUCCACACAGACCCCACAUCAAUCACUCAAACAGAGCCUGCAGAGUCCACCCAGACAGAUCAGAGAGGUCCAAAGCUUUAAAAACGGGCUCAUAAUGUCGAUCGAGUACGAGGAGCAGCUAGCCGGAAGCCUGGUGGACUCUUUCCCUAAAGACUUCGGCUACGGCGUGGAAAACAUGGAUAUGAUGCAGGAAAACCUGGAAAACUCGCCGUCUGCGGACAAUAAACCCAGGAUCCUGCUGAUGGGACUGAGGCGCAGCGGGAAAUCCUCCAUCCAGAAGGUGGUGUUUCAUAAGAUGUCCCCAAACGAGACGCUCUUCCUGGAGAGCACCAACAAGAUCUACAAGGACGAUAUCUCUGGCAGCUCCUUCGUGAACUUUCACAUAUGGGACUUUCCGGGGCAGGUGGACUUUUUCGACCCCACUUUCGAUUACGAGAUGAUUUUUAGGGGCACCGGCGCAUUGAUUUUCGUCAUUGAUGCUCAGGAUGACUAUGUAGAAGCUUUAGGCCGGCUACAUCUGACGGUGUCUCGGGCGUUCAGGGUGAACCCGGAGAUCAAUUUCGAGGUGUUUAUACACAAAGUGGAUGGCUUAUCGGACGAUCAUAAGAUAGAGACGCAGAGAGACAUUCAUCAGAGGGCUAACGAUGAUCUAGCUGACGCCAGUCUGGAAAAGCUUCACCUCAGUUUCUAUCUCACCAGCAUCUAUGACCACUCCAUAUUCGAGGCCUUUAGUAAGGUGGUCCAGAAACUCAUCCCUCAACUUCCCACUCUGGAAAACCUCCUCAACAUAUUCAUUUCUAAUUCUGGGAUUGAGAAAGCGUUCCUGUUCGAUGUGGUCAGUAAGAUCUACAUCGCCACGGACAGCUCUCCAGUGGACAUGCAGUCAUACGAGCUCUGCUGUGAUAUGAUCGAUGUCGUUAUUGAUGUCUCGUGCAUUUACGGCCUAAAAGACGACAGCAAUGGAAACGCUUAUGAUAAAGAGUCUCUGGCCAUCAUAAAGCUGAACAACACCACAGUGCUUUACCUGAAGGAGGUCACCAGGUUCCUGGCUCUGGUCUGCAUCCUGAGAGAAGAAAGCUUUGAGAGAAAAGGUUUAAUAGACUAUAACUUCCACUGCUUUCGAAAGGCCAUUCACGAGGUAUUCGAGGUGAGCAGCUCCACCCAGAGGACGGGAGCGGCGGUGCAGUCCAGCCCUCCCAGCAGCAGCAGCGGCAACGGCCUGGCCCGACUCAAAUCUGCAGCGCUGAACGGUACACCCAGGAGCCUGGUUUAACCCAGGACACACGGACCUCUAAGAACACAGGGCCUUCACACUAGUGCACCGAACGUGCGCUAACGUACACGUGAGAUUACUGGAGUGUUUCUCUACUUAUACCUGCUGUUCCAGGACCUGAGAGACACAACGGGACACUCAUACAGGACAGACUACAUUGCUGCUUUUUUAUGAUAUUUUGAUGUGUGUGUGAGAGAGCGAGAGAGAGAGAGAUUAUGUGCAGAUUCAGCAUCAGUUGUUAUAAUGGGGUAAAUGGAUAAACUUUAGCCAACAGAAUGAGGCACAAUGAAACGUUUAAGUGUCACUCUGAGCAAAUAUAGUCUCAAAACUAGUGAGGUUUAUAUCGUUAUGCAUUUAUGGUGGCCAAAAGUGCUGUCUAGGCAGGGCGUUCAGUUUUGAGACGCAUUCCACCUUUCAGUUUGAAGUUUGAGGACGGAUUUUACGGAAAAAAACAUGUUUAGGUGACAUUUUGCAAAUAAAUGAAUAAAUGAAUUCUGAAAUUAUGCCUAUUUGUAGGAGCUUUAAAAUGUUUACAUUGCGAUAAAACACAUUUUACCCAAAUUCUCAUUGCCAUAAUAGGUCAGAAAUGUUUACUAUUAUUUUAUUUUUUGUAAUUACCAAUAUUCACUUUUUUUUUUUCUAGAUUGUUGUUACUUUAAUGCAGUAUUUAAAUUUUGUCACUGUAAAAAAUAAGUAUAAGCUUUGUAUGAUAAUUACUAUGUAAAUCCGUACCAUUUAAAAUAAUAUAUUUUGUCACAUUUUUAAAGAUUUUUUUUUUUGCAUUACAGUAAUAAGAAUUUGGGUGGCAUGUACUUACAUUUUAUAAAAAAUACUGUCACAAUGUAAAAUUUUAAAUUUAAAAAUAGGUUUAAUUUUCUUUAAAGCAAUAUUUCCAAUUUCUUUCUUUUGAUUUUGGGGUGAAAUAAUACCCGGACGUGUAAAAAUUCCCAGGCCGAACAGUCUUUAAGAUUCCAGUUGUUAAUGUUGGCCUGUGCUGUGUUUGGCUGCCGCUGUUAUUUAUUCCCGACUUAAAAAAAAAAGGGAAAAAAUAAAGGGAAAAGGCUAUAUUUGUGAACAUCGUCGUGUCUCUGUGAACUGCCUUACGCUGAAAAGAAUCACGUACAGAGACUUUUUUUUUCCUUCAGCGUGUUUAUUUUCCUGCAAAGUGAUCCCUUGUUUUAAUUUGAAAUGAAUCUGGGAAUAAGUAUCGACCCAGACAUGCCAUGAAAUGCUUCUUGAAAAAUUCUGAUAUGCUGAGAACACGGAAUAAUGACACUCAUGAUUGUUGAACGAGCUAUUAAAGGUGUAGCGUUUUCAUAUGUGAAGUCCAAAAUAACCCUCUUUCCUUUCUUUAUUUCAUGAUUCAUUAUUUUAUUCAUUCUCAAAAAUUCCCCUUUCUUGAAUGGAUAUAACGAGGGCUCGUGCGUGUGUGUGUGUCUGCAAGAGACUUAUUCAAGUGUGAUUGUGUUGAAUGAUAAUUGUUAGUGAUUGGUGUGUGUGUGUGUGUUCCUUUCUUUUUUCUAAUAAAGUGUAAAAGAAUAAGAUAUUAAUUUUUGUGAUUGAAAAGAUUAUUACUUGUAAGAUAUCAAGAAAAUGAAAAUUGUUUACUUAUGGUAUAUUUUGUCUCAGAGCACGCUGAUAAAUUAAAGCUAUAUUCAUUUGA